AUGUAUCGUGUUUGGCCUAAUGUCGAAACUGGGGUUCGACUGGCAACAAUGAGUGAAUUAACUGAGAGGAUUCCCCAUCGUCUCUUUAUUGGCCCUUAUCCGAUAGAUACUAGAUAUCGUGGGCAAGUGCCUUUAUGUGGCAGAUGUGGUGAAUAUGGACAUCGUGUUGCUACAUGUUCGAAUGAUGUAAAGUGUUUCAAGUGUGGUCAAAAUGGUCACAUACAACGUCAAUGUUUCAAGUGUUUUCUAUGUGGCCAUUUCUAUGUGUUUGGGCAUGUCACAGCAAAUUGUCUAGAGAAUCAACGUGACGUGUCCAAUGACAGAGAUAAUGAAACAUUGGAAAUAAUUUGA